CUGCUAAUCAAUCUUGCAGCUCCACUCCUUUCCCACAAAAUGAAUGUCAGGACCGUUGCCACCCAGGUCGGCCAGAGGACUAGCCGUGUUGCUUACACGCUUACUGUGAAGCGUGCCUAUGCUAACUUGGCCUACAAUGCAACCUCGCAACCAACCGGCGGAGAGGUUCCUACUCUGGACAGGAAGUUGGAUUCACUCGAGGAACGCAUUCAGGCGCGCAGGGACGCACUCAACAGUAACACCAACACGCCUUCCGAGGACCAUGCCAGGGACUCUUACACUCACACUGAGGUGGCUAGCACGCAGGAGUCAUCAAAGUCCCCCAAAAAGGGAAUCAUGUCUAUCUUGCCUGGCAUCAACAAUGCCUCCAAGUGGAUCAAGCAGCCCUCGGUCGCCGAUCCCGAGUUCGAGGUCGUCAGCGCUGGUUUGGGAUCAAUGCUUCACGUCAGACUGCCAUCGCGCUCUGAGCUUUAUGCCGCCCCUGGUGCUGCCGUUGGUAGUUCAGGCGAGGUCCAAUCAGAACUCUCGACUGCAUCAAACCCAUUGAAGGCUCUUGGAAGACGAUUGGCAGGAGGAUCAUUAUAUUUCCAAAAGUUUUCUACGUCCAAUGUCGCUGGCGAUGUUUUGUUGGCACCCCAGUACAUGUCGGACAUUGCUGCAAUUCGCAUGGACGGUACCUCAGAGUACUAUAUCAGACGCGACGCCUUUUUGGCGAGAAGUCCGAGAGUCAUCCUUCAGCUGGGAUUGGCCAAGGCAGGAUUGGGAGUAACCAAUUUUUUCGCCCAUCGCGUUACCGGUCGUGGAACUCUCGCAAUCGCCAGUUAUGGAGGAAUUUAUCGCCUGGUUCUCGCUCCUAACGAGGAGUACCUUGUCAAUCCAAGACACCUGAUUGCAUGGGAGGCCGGCUCAUCUCCUGCUGCUACGCGCCUUGCAAUUGAUCCUAGCCAGGAAGCUGAACCCGAAGCCCGCUCUUCCAAGAUUCUUUCAAAUCCUUACGUGGCCUCGACGUUGAACAUUGCAUCGAGGGUUGCAGAGCGAGUUGGCAAUGUGAUGUUCGGAAAGCAGGAAUUUGUCCGCCUUCAGGGCCCAGGUGACUUUUACCUCUGCAGUCGUAUCCGCCCCAGCACUGAGGUCUUGAAGCAGGUCACUUCAUCGACCUCGAAGCUCCCUGUCAUCUUCCCCGCCCCAGUCGCACCUGCUCCUCCCAAGCCAACGACGCCGCCCAACACCUUUGCAACUGUCACCCGUGAUGGACAUGUAAGCAUUACAAAGAAUGCGCCAGCAUCCGCGCCUGCUUCGUCUUCUCCCUCCACUCCUCUUUCGGGAUCCGUCCCUAAAAUCAAUCGCCAGGUGCUCGAGCAUACUGAAGGCUCAACCGUCACCAAGCGCGAGGCAAGCAGUUCAUAGACUGCAUGCUCUUCAUUGUUAUUGCUUUCGAAAACCAAUAAAAAAAAA